UACUGCAAACACUGGGUUACCAUGGCAGAUCCGACUACCACCGCUCCGCCUGUUAACAAUGCCAGCGCAAACAUAACGUUUACGUUUGAGGAACAGGCGAUGUCGUCGUGUUCUCUGUAUGCAAUGUCACUGUUAUGUAUUAUCAUUGGUGGUAUACGGUCAGCCAAUUAUGUCAAAAAGCAGGUUCUCAAGAAGCGCCCUCUAGAGGCGUCAAUAUCAAUGUCCGAAGCAAAAAAAUUUCCCUUCACUGCUUCACUAGUACUAUUUACGCUUUACGUGUUUUUCAAGCCGAAUGGCCGUGAAUGGCUCAUGGGAAUCGGUGGUAAAUAUCUUCCCACGGCAUAUUCCGCUAUACUAAACAACACUCUUGCGAAAAGUGAAGGUCCGAGCCUUUUUGCGCGACUCGCUAACAAACUACCAGAAGAUGUUCAUCCCUAUCUUGAAUACAUUCCAUCCAUCACGAAGGCUCACGUGAUGAAAUUACUCCUCGUCUUGAUCUGCUAUGAAGGUUGCGUUGCACUUGCUGCUCUUCUAAAGCCCUUGUUCUCAUUUUUCCUGUCUUUGCUACCGAUUGGUAAUCGUCGGCCACGUCUCAACAUACCUUAUCUUCUAUCGAUCAAGAAAGGAAACAAGGAAAUGGAAGAGGGCGACAUUGAAGAUGCCAAGAAGAGCGAUUAUGAAUACUUACUGAAGAUUGAAGUUGACACUCAUGAUAUAGUUGCUAUCUCGUUGUGCUUACUAGUAGCAUUUUCUCAUCUUUAUCAGCGGCAUUGGAUCACAAACAAUAUCAUCGGAAUCGCUUUCUCUAUUUAUGGAAUAGAAAACCUUCAUCUCAGUAGCUUUAAAGCAGGAUCUCUCCUUCUUGUUGGACUGUUCAUCUACGAUGUAUUUUGGGUGUUCGCAACGGACGUGAUGACUUCGGUCGCAAAGGGAAUAGACGCCCCGAUUCUACUGCAGUUUCCUCAAGACAUCCUUAGACAUGGAUGGAAGGACGCUAGCAAGCACAGUAUGCUAGGUCUUGGUGAUAUUGUUAUCCCUGGAAUAUUCAUAGCUCUCCUUAGAAGAUUCGAUCUAAGGAUAGGCGACAAAGAUUCGAAAAAGAAACAGGGACGUCGGUACUUCUUUACUAUCACUAUCGUAGCCUAUGCUAUUGGUCUUUUGAUAACCAUGCUGGUUAUGCACCACUUUAAGGCUGCGCAGCCAGCAUUGUUAUACUUGGUGCCAUGCUGUCUUUUUGUUCCACUAGUUGUAUCCUCCUGUUUUGGAGAGGCAAAGGUUUGUCUUUACUGUACCAAGAUACCCUAG